GUCCUGCAGAGAGUUCUGCAGUCCAGCGCAACGAUGGACUGGCCAACGUGCGGUUCCUUCCUGGAGAGCGUGGGCGCGCACUGGAGCCAGGUGGACGGCUGGUCCGGCGGCCAGGUCCUGGUGGAGUUCACUCGUUUCCUGCAGAUGAAGGUGGAGCUCAUGGAUCGCGACUGCGGAUGCGGCAAGUUCAGCGGGACUUACGGCUUCAGCCGCUCGGUGGCGGAGCCCAGCGAUCUGCUGCAGGCGCUGGCGCUGCUGCUGAACCUCUCGGAGCGGCUGAUGCCUUUGGCGCUGGAGCUGACGCAACAGGACUGGGUGCGGGUGGAGCAGUCGCCGUAUGGGCGUCUGUAUUUGGGAGCGAUCCCCGUUCUGCUUGAUGAGGCCUGGCAGCUCCUCUGCGCGGUGUCGGUCUUUGUCCGAGACCUCUUGUGGCAGGUGCAUGCCGCCGCCAAGUUCGGGGACAGGGAGGAGCAAAGUGAGCCCCCUUGGCUGCAGCUGGCCCUCCAUCUGCUGCAGGCCCAGCCCCGCUUCGCGAAGUUCCACAGCGCAAUGUGCGACUUCGUCGCCCACUGCCACCAGCUCCGGUGCAGCGGCUUCUCGGAAUUGGCGCCGCCGUACAUCAUCCCGGCGGUGCCGCAGGCUUUGCUGAAUCUCUUCGCGGACUUCAAGGACCUGGUUGCGGGCUACUGCGCUAAAGAAAAGGCACCCAGCGCGCCUCUCGCCGCCAAAGCUGCGGCCAGCGGCGAUGAUCUCAGUGCGUUGUCAACGGACGCAGGUACAACUGCAGGCGCGGCGGUGUCCGCCGCCAGCUGGCCUUCCGCACGGGUGCUGGACGCCUUGAAGACGGUGGACAGCUGGGGUCGCCGCUGCUCGCCAGCGAGCCGGAAGAAGAAGGCGUGA